GGACUCCCUAGUGUCAGAAACGGUUUAUGGCAGAGCUCGGAUUGUACAGCCUACUGCUUAUACGGAGAAACUGAUAGUAUUGUGUAUCUAAAUGAAGACUUAUAUCCUCGUGGCAGUCCUGCUGCUGAAUUUCGAAUGGCUAGGUUCGGGACAAGCUUCUCGGCUCAAAUCUGCUGCGUUGCCAAUUCAACCAGAGUUGGAGCCUCAACCGUCGAAAGGAAUGUCAGGCUGUUCAUUCGGAGGAAAGUUUUACGCACCUGAAGACACUUGGCACCCUGACCUAGGAGAGCCGUUUGGGGUGAUGCACUGCGUGGUGUGUCACUGUGAAUCGCAAAGGAAUCGCCGUGGAAAGGUGUUUGGAAAGGUGAGCUGUAAGAACAUCAAACACGACUGCCCCGAACCACCCUGCAGCAACCCUGUUCUAUUACCCGGGCAUUGCUGCAGGUCCUGCCCCAAAGUCCAGUCUCGUGUUCCAGAUAAGAAAGUAGACCACAUUUUCGACGGGUUCGAAUAUUUCCAGGAGAAAGAUGACGAUCUACACAAAACUUACAACGACCGCUCUUACCUCAGCUCCGAAGACAUCUCCCAGGAUGACAGCAGAACAGAUUUUGUGGCGCUGCUCACUGCUGCUGCUGACUCUUGGAAGUCCACCUCCAGCGGAGUUGCCCGUGCCCGCUUCACUCUUUCUAGAUCCAGCCUGGUUUUCUCCAUCACAUUCAAAAGAAUCGGGCGCCCCAGUAGAGUUAAAUUCAUAGACAGAGAUGGAAAUAUUGUAUUUGAGUACUUUGUGCCAAGGACUGCAUCUCCAGGAAGCAAUAUGAUCUGUGGCAUCUGGAGCAAUCUUCAGAAGUUGCACAUGAGGCUGCUGAAAUCGGAACAGCUUCACGUUACCCUGCUGACCACAGCCAAUCAGGAAGAAGAGAUUCAUGGGAAGCUCAUCAAGCACCGGGCCUUGUUUGCUGAAACCUUUAGUUCCAUAAUAACCUCUGAUGCUGAGCAUGCAGGGAUGGGCGGAAUCGCUAUGCUGACGCUGAGCGACGUGGAGAACAACCUGCACUUCAUUCUGAUGUUUGAGGGUCUGCUGGAGAGAAGGGAGAAAGAGCGCUCCAUAGUACCCAUCAGAGUUGAGCUGCUGUACCAUCACCAUGUGCUGAGAGAAAUCCGAGCCAAUGUUACCUCACACGACCCUGACUUUGCAGAGGUGCUGACAAACCUCAAUAACCGUGAGAUGUUCUGGCUGUCUCGCGGCCAGCUGGAGAUCGCCUUGGCAACCGAAGGGAAGAACCCCCGUCGCAUUUCGGGGUACAUCACCGGGAAGAAGUCCUGCGACACUCUCCAGAGCGUGCUGUCCAGUGGAGAUGCCCUGACACCCACCAAAACUGGGGCCGUGGGCUCUGCCAUGCUCACCCUGCAUGACAACGGAACACUGGAAUACCAGAUUCAGGUGGCCGGGGUUGCCAGCAAAGUGACCGGUGUGACCAUUGAGACGAAGCCGCGACGCAGGAGCCGACGCAAUGUGCUGUUUGACAUGACUGCUGACUACAGUGAGGGGCAUGUGGUGGGGACGUGGGAACGCCUGAACGCCCGUGACAUCCACAUGCUGCUGCAGAAUGAACUGUUCCUCAACGUGGCCACUUCUGAGUACGAGGAGGGAGAGCUCCGGGGGCAGAUUAGCUCCCUGCUGUACAGCGGCCUGCAGGCCCGACUCCAAGAGCUUCCAGUCCCUCUGGCGGGUCAGUUUGUUUCUCCCCCUGUCCGCACAAGUGCGGCGGGUCACGUUUGGGUCUCGGUGGAUGAGAACUGUCACCUGCACUAUGAGAUCGUGGUGUCUGGCCUCAGAAAAUCCGACGACGUUACCCUCGAUGCCCACCUACACGGCUUCGCUGAGAUCGGAGAGCUGGACGACAGCAGCCGUGAGCACAAGAGACUCCUCAAGGGCUUUUACGGGUCACAGACCAAUGGUGUGCUAAAGGACCUCAGUAUGGAGCUUCUCCAUCAGCUGGACAAGGGGAAUGCCUUUAUCCAAGUCAGCACCAAGGUGAACCCCAGGGGAGAGAUCCGAGGAAGGGUCCAUGUCCCAAACAGCUGUGAAUCGGGCCCCGCCUCCCAGAUCGACGACGCACAUUUUGACUUCAUCCCGUUCGAGGAGGUGAAGCUGGAUCCUGAGGAGAUCAAGAAAGACCCCAGCUCCUGCUUCUUCGAGGGCCAGUUCUGCGCACAUGGCUCCCGCUGGGCCCCCGACUAUGACAAGAAGUGCACGGUCUGCACUUGCAAGAAGCGGACUGUGAUUUGCGAUCCCAUCAUUUGCCCUGUCCUGGAUUGUGCCAAUGUCGUCCAUCUUGAAGACAGGUGCUGCCCAGUCUGUGAAGAAAAAAAACAAGAGAAAUACGUCAAACAAACAGAAAAGUCAAGUGAUCAGAUGGAUGGUUGCUACUUCGAGGGGGACAGGAAAAUGCAUCUACCUGGGACCACAUGGCAUCCAUUUGUGCCUCCGUUCGGAUACAUCAAGUGUGCCGUCUGUACCUGCAAGGGAGCCACUGGAGAAGUCCACUGUGAGAAGGUGAACUGCCCUCUACUGACCUGCAACAACCCUGUCAGACGCAGUCCCUCCGACUGCUGCAAAGAAUGCCCAGCUGAAGAGAAGGCUUCCAUUGACCUCACAGAGAUGAUGCAGGCGGAUGGGCCGCGGGCUUGUAAAUUCGGGAAGAAUUGGUACCUCAGCAACGAGAGCUGGCACCCAGAGGUUCCUCCUUUCGGAGAAAUGAAGUGCAUCACCUGCUGGUGCGACGAUGGCAUUACCAAGUGCCAGAGAGAACAGUGCCCCCUACUAACCUGCAGCAAGAUCACCAGGAGAGAGAACAAGUGCUGCCCUGAGUGCAAAGCAGAUGCCUAUAAUGUGGAGGAAGUGGAGCAGUUGAAGGAGGAAGAAGAAAAGAAACAGAACUGGGGCUACUGAGGCUGAACAAUCGGAUUAACUUUUACCAACAAGACCGAGCGAUGAGCUGUGCUGCUGGCUAGCCCUUCCACCUCGGACAGAGAGCGAGAAACAGCAAGACAGCGCUGCAGCACAGGGACACAAUGAAAUGAAAGGGCAGCAGAAAGAGACUUCCACUGGGUUUGCAAACUCCACUUUAAUAUCAUUGAAAAUAAUAUGAUUUGUAAAAAACAAAGGACAGAUGCUAAUAUUUAAAAAGAAACGACUGGACUUUCUGGAGGGGUCAGGAGAACUUUAGUGAACAAUUAUUUAAGAUUUUAUCUGAGUUUCUUUUUAACCAUUUUGAUGACUACACAAAACGGGCCUUGGCAGAUUAUUCAUAAUUUCUAGCAGCCUGGUCAGUACGCAAGAAUAGAUACCCUUUUAUUUAUUUGAGAUGUUCCACAAAGUGAAGUUUCAGAGGAGUCCACUGCAGCCCUGAGUACCUGCUGCUGCUGGGCGUGGCAGAUCCACAGCCCUAUGAGACUUCUUCAAGAGGCAAUGGCUCGUUCUGCCUUCCUUUCCAGGGCAGCUAGAGGGGCAGCGCUAGGAAUAUGAACUGGGAUCUCUCCCUAUAGGAGGAUCGAACCAGGAGACCCAUUUCAUUGAAUGCAAUGUAUUCACUGAGAAGCAGCUUCUAGUUGCGCAGUAUUCAGAACCUGUUUCUUCUACCCAGCUGCCCAGAGCGUGCCCCAGGAGGUCAAGUGUCUGGACCCAACAGGGGUGGUCAUCACACACUAGUAUAUAUACAGGCUCUCCAGUCUUCAUCACAGUAAACCACACUGCUUCCCAUUGCACUCGUCACAUACAAGCCUUGAGAAAGUCGCAGAAGCACUUUCUUCUCAUAAAACAUAAGGGAUCUGCUGAUGUGCUAAUGAGCCCUAAUGCCUUUUAAACAGCAUUGUAGUGCAAACUAAGUGCUGGAAAGGAGGGGAGGGGAGGGGGUGUAGACACAGUCAAAUAGAGAUACACAGUAACUUGUAAUUAUUACACAAAAUAUUUAAUCUUUCUCAGGCAUACAAAAGAAAAAGUGGAAAGAAGUUAUAGAAAAAUAUACGAAUCAGGAGAGACUCUGGCUCAGAACCACCACAGAGGGUGUCAUUAACCACAGGGGAUGUAACAUGGCAAAUCAGCAGCUGUUCACAGAAAAGUGGUCUAUGCAGGUGGUCUUUUAAACAGGUCUUACUGCUUUUUUUUGUUAGUUUUUUACAUGCCUUAAUGUUUCUUAUUUGUGCUUUGCAUGCCCUCCUCUUCUGCAUGCCCUUCUCUCUCUCAGUAGAUUAGAGGUUGAUCUGCAUCAGCAUGUGGGAGUCCUGCAGAGUGAAAGUGAAAGGGAGGUCACUGAUGUGGCAGGUCUUGUGUGUGUAUCUGUUGUCUUUCUUAUGCGAAGGGGACAGCAAUGGCAAUGUAUUCCUCGGCCGGGGGUCCCUCCCCGAGGGGUUGGUAGUCUUUGUGCCACAGUAAAAGGAAUCCCCAUGCUGUGCAGUAAAUUGUGCAGCUCCUGUUGCCACAGGGGGUCUGGAGACCACCUGCGCUGUGGAGACAGCAAACAGGGAGCAGUGCUGUGGUUAGACCAGGACCAGUCGUAUAGUACAGCAGUGGGGGUGUUUGCAAAUAGAACGGCUCAUCCUCCUGGGUUAAACCGUGCAUCUCUUCGUAUUUCCUGUCUGUGGAUCACCUGCAAGUGCACUCACCUGUUCCAUUAUAAACACACUCUAACUAACUAAUAAUCUGCCUGCCUACCGAUCUGUCUAUCUGUCUUUCUAAUUUAUUUACCAAUUUGUCUUUUUUAAACUCUGUGCACGGGUGGAAUGCUAGACUAAUAGACAGACAGACACAUAGAUAUGAAGGUUUUAAUGAUCAGGCUUUAUGAUUGACGUUGAUACACAGCUCACUGGCUUACAGCAGAUCUAUAGGUCUUAUAUAAUGUAUUCCAGUACCUCCUGCCUGAAAGCAUUCUCCCAGUGGCUGCCAAUGCCAGCUCAUGACUCACAGUAAGGAUGAGCAGUACUGUACAUCAUCGUGUAAAUGCUUCCUUUCCUGUUGUUUUUAUUUGAUAAUUAUUUGUUUUUUUUUAUUUAUUUAUCAGCAGUGAGACCCUUCUUUUCCCUCUAGGGCAGCUGAUGACACUCUUAACUGUUAUUAUUAUUAGAAUUUGAAGCUUUUGUAUUUAUUGAAAAUGGAACAAAAAUUAAAAUUAAAAUU